CAAACAUGUAAAUCAUUGCAUUAUUAAUACAUAUUAAUGAUUAAUAUUGAAAAAUAUAUUACUUUAGAUGUAAAACAUUUGAGAACUUGCCACUCAAAACAUUAUAGCUGCUGAAAUGCAGCCCUUGUGACAACUAGCCCCGGUCUAUUCCCUACAAAGAGUUUAAGUGACAUAUUACAUGGUGUGAUAUCGCAUCCAAGUUUGAGAUUAUGGAUCUAAACUCUAGAGGCGGAGAUACGGUUAACAUAACAAAGACGAAAAAAAAUCCCAAAGUAAUUGGAUCAGGAUGGCCGUGUUAAAUCGGGGUUUCUUUCAGAUGAAAAGCAUUUGUUCGCAGGGGAACGGCGAUAUCAGAUCUUCUUUGAACAAACUCAGUGGAGUAUCUCGAAAUGACUGCUGAUUACAACGGCUUCUGGAAAAUGAUCUCCAGCGAGAACUUUGAAGAGUACCUGAAAGCUCUGGAUGUAAAUGUAGCAGUUAGAAAGAUUGCCACCCUGUUGAAGCCUGAUAAAGACAUCACUCAGAAUGGAGAUCACUUCAUCAUAAAGACUCUCAGCACUUUCAGGAACUACAACAUGGACUUUGUGGUGGGUCAGGAGUUUGAGGAAGAUCUGAGUGGAGUGGAUGACAGGAAAUGUAUGACAACUAUUACCUGGGAUGGAGAUAAACUGGUAUGUGUGCAAAAAGGAGCGAUCGAGGGGAGGGGCUGGACCCACUGGAUUGAGGGAGAUGAACUUCACCUGGAGCUGAGAGCUGCUGGGAUUGUGAGUAAACAGGUCUUCAAAAAGUCUUAAACCCCUACCGACUGAACACCUGCAAGAGAUCCAGGAAAAUCCAACACUUUAAAGCAUAUAGACUCACGCCACAUCUUCCGAAGUCUAUCCAUCUGUGUGCACCUUCAUCUCUGCUAUUGUGAAAACCAGACAAACACCAUCUGUGAUAGUCUGUCACAAUCUAUAAAUGCUUGUUUGUUCUUAUCCUCACAGAGGAAGAUCUCCAGCGACUUUCCUUCAUAGCUGCCGCGUUUGUCACUUAGAUGUUAUUUACAUUAGGGGUAGAGAACACCGGGAUAAGCUACUCUGUAAGUGAACCAUCAAACAACAGGUGCGUCAGGAUAUUGUCCUCAGAUUUCUCCGAUCGAGAGCUUCUGUGUUCAUAAAAGUAAUUAGACUCCAGAGAGGAUGUGCAGCAGGAAAACUGAUGUGACGAGUCUGAGUGCCGCCCAGCUGCUGUCGCUCUGAUUGAAGAGCCUGUCAGUCUCUUGGGUCUGAGCGUGGCAGGGUUUUGCUUUCCUUCCCAUCAUGCCUCUGUGACUGUGCACACAAAAGAAUCCAUAAAUCAGUGAAAUAAAGACAAAUGCAUUGCGCUCUGCUGUUCAUAUGCA